AAGGUACCGGGAGCCUAUUGUGACUUCGAGCAUGUGAGAAUGACGUAAGUUCUGUGCAUUCGGUUCGCGUAUCUUGGAUAGUAUUUAUCCAGUCGGUGUAUACACAUGGCGUCAUCGUUAGUCGUUCCCGGUCCUUUACGGACGGAAAAUUUGGGAAGCAUGGGUUCGGCUGUGAUUGAAGGUCCAUUGAGUAAAUGGACGAAUAUGAUGCAAGGAUGGCAGUUCCGGUGGUUUGUGUUAGACGAUUGCGCCGGACUUCUUUCAUACUACACCUCGAAGGAGAAGAUGACUAGAGGUGUGCGUCGCGGCUGCGUAAGGUUGAAAGGAGCAGUUCUUGGGAUUGAAGAUGAAGACAAUGCCACUUUCACCAUCACAGUUGACGGCAAAGUCUUCCACUUUCAAGCAGCGAGUGAAAUCGACAAAGAGAAGUGGGUUCGAGCACUUGAAGAUACAAUCGUUAGGCAUGCCCAGUCACGAUAUAGGCUGUACAGUCUCACAUCUCCUCUACCAACUGUCGCGGAUUUCGAAGCGAAGAUGACCGAAGCGGAUGCAUACUUACAACUGAUGAUCGAUCAAGUUAAGGAUCUGGCUGAAGAAGUUUCAAAGCAAUCAAACUCCGAUACGAAGCGGAACUUGGAACGGGUCCAUACCGAAGCUAACAAUAUGUUGGAGAGUAUCAAGCAUCUGAUUGUCGUCCUGCAAAUCGCGAAGAAUGCUGCGAAUCCGAUCAAUGGAUGUUUUAUUCCGGAUUCACCCAGCGAGAUGAGUGGAUUUGUUCGCCCGGUUCAGCAAGGAUCGGAAGUCGCUGAAUCCUUCUUGGAUGCCUUUUCUUCUGUUGUGAUUGGCCCGGAUAAAGUUGUUACCGGAAUUGAGACGGGCAUCGAAUGCGUCAGUGAAACAGUUACCAUGGGAGUCGCUUCGAUUACUCCUAUCGUCACGGUCCCACCGUCCGCCCAAAUAGUGCCUGAAACUUCUUAUUCUUCAAGUGAAGAAGAAGACUUCUAUGAUGCUUAUGAUGACGAUUACAAUGUCCCGAUAUCUGGUAUAACACUGGAUGCCAAGCCUGACGCGCAAGGAUUGUCUCCAGUGGAUGCUGAGCUCCGGUUGCCGUCUGGUAGCGACUUUGUUCCCAAGAAUGUUGACUAUGAUGCGUUAUACGACGACGACGAAGAGGAGGAUCUUGGAAGUAUGGAACGACACGGUAGUAUCAUAAUGCACCUAGUAUCUCAAGUCAAAAUUGGAAUGGAUCUUACUAAAGUUGUUCUUCCAACUUUCAUACUGGAGAGGAAAUCCUUGCUCGAAAUGUUCGCCGAUUUUUUCGCCCAUCCCGAUUUGUUUGUCAGUAUAAAUGACAAGCCGACCCCCGAGGCACGAUUCACCACGGCUUUACAGUGGUAUCUUUCGUCUUUUCACGCCGGAAGGAAGAGUAGCAUCGCCAAGAAGCCUUACAAUCCUAUCUUGGGGGAAAUUUUCAGGUGUUCUUGGACUGUUCCGGGAGUUACCAAAAAGGAAACCGCAGAUCCGGCGCUGAAGGCUGUCGGCCCAGACAGCCCUGUCCCAUGGGCCCGGGGAGACCAGCUCACUUAUAUUGCAGAACAAGUAUCGCAUCAUCCACCCAUUUCAGCUUUUUAUGCCGAACAUCCGGGGAAAAGAAUGUCUGUCAACUCGCACAUUUGGACCAAGUCCAAGUUCCUCGGGCUAUCGAUUGCUGUGCACAUGGUGGGACAAGGAGUCGUCUCGCUCCUAGACCACAACGAGGAGUACAUUUUCAGUUUCCCAAGUGGUUAUGGACGGUCAAUAUUGACGGUUCCUUGGAUGGAGUUGGGAGGGACGUGUAGCGUACAUUGUCCUCAAACUGGAUAUAAUGCCACUGUAGAGUUUCUGACGAAACCUUUUUACGGUGGGAAAAAGCAUAGGAUAACCAGUGAUGCCUUCAGACCCGGAGAGAAGAAACCGUAUUUGUCGGUGAAAGGAGAAUGGAAUGGACUCAUGACCGUGAAAUGGGCCGAUUCGGGAAUAAUAACGAAGGAGCUUCAACCCGUCUUGGAACAAGAAGAUUUUGAGAGUAGAAAACUAUGGAAAGAUGUGACAAUCGGGCUUAAGUACGGUGAUAUCGAAAUGGCAACGAAAGGAAAAUCUUUUCUUGAGCACCGUCAGCGGACUGAAGCGCAUUACCGUGCCGAACACAACAUUCCUUGGAAUACCAAGGCAGCGUGUGGGUUUUUUGCUAUUGUGUAUUUCGAGAGUGAUUUUCAGUACACGGAAAAGCACGAGUGGAUGGUGAAGAACUGGAAGACAUGUUUCUACUAUGUCGGCAUCUACAUGAUACUUGUGUUCUCUGGAAGGCAUUACAUGCAAUCUCGACGAGCAUUUGAGUUGCGCACGCCGCUGGUUGUGUGGAACUUGUUCCUCUCUAUCUUUAGCAUCAUCGGGGCGUCCCGCACGCUGCCUGAAUUGUUCCACGUUCUCACGACUUAUGGGUUUCAUCAUUCUGCGUGUGUACCAAGCUUUAUUAAAAACAACCGUGUGUGCGGUUUCUGGACUUGGAUGUUCAUCCUGUCCAAGGUCCCCGAGCUCGGGGACACGGUGUUCAUCGUGCUGCGCAAGCAGCGUCUGAUUUUCCUGCACUGGUACCACCACGUGACGGUCCUGCUGUACACUUGGUACGCGUUUGCUGGCUUCGUGGCCCCAGGACGCUGGUUCAUCACGAUGAACUACCUCGUGCACUCUCUGAUGUACUCCUACUACGCCCUAAAAGCGCUCAAGUUCCGUGUUCCUCGUCGCGUGUCCAUGAUUAUAACAGCGGCGCAGUUGAUGCAAAUGGUUGUGGGCUGCUACGUUAACGUGUUCGCCUACAAUGCGCUCGAACGAGGCGAGAAGUGUCAAGUGACUGUCGAGAAUAUCAAGGUCUCGCUGUUGAUGUACUUCUCGUACUUCGUCCUGUUUUCCCGGUUCUUCUACAAGGCGUACAUCCACAAGGGAGUGAUGGGCAAGAGCUGUUUGAAGUCUGGGGAAUUACCUGAUCCUGUGAAGACCAAAGAUGAAUAGACGUCAACGAUUUACCUCGUCGCUUUACGUUGCUCUCGUUUUAUUCAUGUUAUGUUGUUUAUUUGACGUUUUCUAGUCAUCGUUCGUUUGAUUUUUGUUUUUUUAGAAGUUUUUGAGCCGCAAUUGAUUUUUACGACUCUAACAUUCCCUUCACUUAUCUAAGCGAAUUGAGUGCUUUGCUAAAAAAAAACGGCGAGUUUGAGAGUGUCAUUCCUAGGCGAAAUAUUUCGUUUGCUGAGAAGAAAACAGCAGAGGCUUUUUGCUUUCAAAACAUCGGUUUUUCGUCUUUAGUAUCAUUAUUUUACAAUAACCAAGCAAUAAUUUGAAUUUGAGGCAACUUCGGCAAGUUGCAAGUCUGUGAUUCGUUGCGGCUUUUUUCAUGUCAAUCGCGUAGCGUUGUAAUUGUUUUCUAUUUAUAUCAGUAUUGCGUGAAUCGAAUCUCUUUUUUUCCGUUUCCAGUUUUUUUUUUUUCAAACAGGCGCACAAAACGAGACAACUCAUGAAAUUAUUUCCUGUGCUAGAAAGUAAUCGCGUUCGCUUAAUAGGUGUCUAACAAUUCGAAGGAAAACAUCGUUAGGUAGCAUUUUUGAAAUUCAUGUCGUCCUGUUACGGAUGAAAGCUUUGGACUUCCUCGUUGCAGAAUUUAUAGGUUUUUUUGCGAGUUACGCAUAUUUGCCAUUUUGAAGACCUGUGUUCCGAGUUCUUCCAAGAAAUGCGAAACGUUACGAUUUUCGAAAUGCAUUCGCGUAGGAUUUUUUUUUUGGCGAAAAGCGUUUUGUCUGAAAAUUGUAAGAAUUUGAAGAUGAAGUUCGAAGCGUCUCUCAUUCGGCUGGUUGUGUUUAUGCUGAAAUUGAGACGACAGAUCGUGUGGAGAUACUCUGAUUCAUUCUGUUUGUUUUCUCGUUAAUUUUUGUUGUUUUCUUUGAUGAUUGAAAGCAAGUGCCAGUCUGUUCUACGUGCAUCGCAAGACGUUUGUAUAAUUGCGUUUUUUUUCUUCUGGUUGAUUCGGUUGAUUUAUUUUAUCGCGUCUCUGAACUUGAAGUCGCGUUUAAUAUUCUCCGGUUUUUGAGAGUUUAUGUUGAAACUUCCGCAAUUUUUAUGAUCAAGUAUUCGAAGGCAUUGUUUCGUCGGGACAUGUUCGCUUUUUUGAACGAACUAGAUUGGGCGUUUAGAGGGGGGAAACUUUGGUAAGAAGCUAAACUGCGUUCGUUCGCGCUUUUCCGUAAUUCCAGAGCGGUGUUUCUUUCUGUGAGGAUCGAUGUCAAAAAUUCGAUCUCCAUCGUUUUCUUCCGCAAUAAUCGCAGGAUUAGUCCGGUUCUUUUUUGUGUUGAACGCUACGGGCUUUUGAGUGGGGGUUUUUCUUGUGAGGAAAGAAAAGACUGCUUGUAUUGGGAAGGCAAUUAGGGAUUGCGAUUGUGCUAGCUCUUGGUUCAGUGCAGUGUGUGUAAUCCGCACUGGAAGAGAGAGAGAAAGAGAGACAAAACGUAAAACUCGAAGGAAAAGAAGGAAAUGCAGAAGUAUGAGGAUGCGGCGUUGUGAUUUGUCCUGUCCGGCUUCGAUGUUGUUUCCUCAGUAACGGAUUCUGGGCGAGUAAAGGACAACAUAACGAAGCUAGAAAAAAA